GCUGUAGCGCCCCCUGCCGGCGGCUGUCUUCCUCUAUGGGGUGUAUGUGCGCCUCCUGACUUUGUUGUUCUGAGUUUGUUUCUUUGAUUGUCGGAUUUGUGUCUUUCGUUGUGACCGAUCUGCUGACUCAUGAAGCUGAACUGACAGAUCGCAGCGGUCCAUUAGCUCCGUGCUAACUCUGCUAGCUGAGAGAGCUAACUUCACAGGUCUGGGCUCUGGGUGCAGGGAUGUGGGCGUCCUGCUGUAACUGGUUGUGCAUGGAGUCUCUUGGAGUGGAUGAAGACUCUGCUGGCAGUGAGCGCCGUGGUCAGUCCUACACCAACUCAGGCUACAGCAGUCAUCCGUCACCACCGCCGCUGGAACACACCUGUAAGGCAUGUGGAGGACGCUUUGAUGCACAGGUCAGGAAGCACGUAUGUGCAGACUGCAAAAAGAACUACUGCAGUCACUGCUCGGCACACCAGGAGCCACGCCCACGUCUUUGCCACACCUGUCAACGUUUCUACGGCAACCUGUUGGAGCGGGCAGAGCUCAUGAAGCUGAAAGUGAAGGAGCUCAGAGACUACCUGCACCUGCAUGAGGUCUCCACUCACCUGUGCAGAGAAAAGGAAGAACUAGUGGAGCUGGUUCUCAGUCAGCAGUCCUCACCAUCCAGCACCUACACUCCUGAUAACCCCAUCUCCAACUUCCCUAAUGGUGCAUCUGACUCCCCUGAUGUGAACCCCAACAUCUCCCCUGUAAGCCUCGACCCUGUCCCCCCCGACCUAGGUUCCGAUGUUUCUGUGGUACAGCCUGAGCCUCCUGCCCCGUCCUCAGAGGCCGUGCUUUCUCAGGUGGAUGCUCACGAUGAAGAGGAGGCAAUGGAUGCCGAGGAGGUGCAUCUGUCAGGCCGCAGAGCCUCGCUGUCGGACCUGAGCUGUCUGGAGGACAUUGAGAUGCUCAGCGUCCGACAGUUGAAGGAAAUCCUUGCUAGGAACUUUGUAAACUACAAAGGCUGCUGUGAGAAAUGGGAACUAAUGGAGAGAGUGACCCGGCUGUACCAGGAGCAGCAGAAACUUGCUGCCAGCACCAUCGACGCUUCAGUGGCUGAAGGGGGCCCUGGGCGCCUCGAGGAGCACCUCUGUAAAAUUUGUAUGGACUCACCCAUCGACUGCGUUCUGCUGGAGUGUGGUCACAUGAUCACCUGCACCAAAUGUGGCAAGAGGAUGAGUGAAUGUCCUAUCUGCCGCCAGUAUGUGGUGCGAGCUGUACACGUCUUCCGAUCAUGACCUUAGUUCUGACCUCCUGCUCAUUGAUGGUGAUCUUCACCAGAGGGACCUUCUUCAGAUAUAAGAGGCUUCUAUUUUCUUAACUCUAUUUUUGUAGUGUCAAUCAACUGCAGGGACUGACCUUGUGACGAAUGUAAGCCAUGGCCUUAGCUGCUCAGUGACACGUCAGUGACACGAGUGUCCAUCCUCAGACACUCACAGAUGGAUCCAUCUGCAUUCGUUCUCACCUCUGACUCCACCCCUCUGUGGUUCCUGUCUGUGCCUUCAACAUGGGCAGUCCGCCCAACGCCAAGGGUAGAAAACGUGAUCAAGAGCCACGACCACAAAGCUUCCAGGUGGAGGAGCGUCCAUUCAGAGCUUUACAAAGACGCACAGCGCUGCAGCCAUGUGCCAGCCCCUCUGGUGUUUUUGUAAAGCUCUGAAUCUUCCGUGUUUUUCUUGUUGUGACAGUUUGCUUGUCGUAAUGUGCCCCCCCGUGAUUCGGUCCACUUUCAGAUGCACUUUUUAAUGAUUCAUUUUCUUGCUCUGCACUCUUACCUUUGAAAUGUUCAGCUGUUGUUGUACCCAGAAUGCACUGCUCCUAUAACGACCUCCAGAAGCUCUGUGUGAGCGUAUAAAAUGACCAUGUGACCUUGUGUCAGAUGAGCAGAGCUAUCAUUACUGGCAGAGGUGUGGCACAGAGUUGAUUGGUGCUCCAGCCUGUCAAUCACAGUGUAUCUCCUGCAGAACCUGGAGAUACUGAGGUCCUACUGAAGUUCUGCUGGAACCAGCUGAGGACCAGCGGGGCUCCUGUUUUGGACUAGGUUGGAUUCUGACCAGGCCUGGCAGCGUGAUCAGUCAUCCUUCCUGCCGUUCAGAGUUCUGGUGGCCAGCAGAGGCCGCUGUUGCUUCUUUAAAGUCACACGACUGAGCAUGGGCCAGCAGGGGGAAGCAGAGGGCAAAGUCCUCAACUGAGGAUUGGAACCUGCGGCAUGAGGAAUAACCCUGCCCCCCAAAUCAGGAAGCGGUUAGCCAGUCUGACACACGGUGCUAAGCUAGGCUAAUCUGUGGACUGUGGCUGGAGACAAAGCCUAAUGAAAGUGUUUUUGUUGUUUCAUGUUUGAUUACUGUUUUGAUUUGCACUAAUAUGACUGUUUUUAAUCUUUGACUUUAGUUUUUAAGCUUUUCUGGUUUUGGGAUCACACUGAACGUUUUCUUCUUUCUGCUGUGAGAAAUGAACGUGUGAAGCUCCACUGUGUGAAUGACUGCGGUUAAACGCUUUCACAGCUCUGUUCACGACUGACGGCUUGUCUGGUCGCAGCCGAGCCGACGGACGUUGGCCAAAGCGGUCAUGCUCUUAGCAUACUGUCGCUGCAGUUUGAGUCCCAGCGGCUUCAGAAAGAUCAAUGUUUUACAAUUAAAGGCAUUAAUUUCA